AUCUUGGUCAUUCAUGGUGGUGGUGGUGGUGGUGGUGGUGGGUUGCGUGCACACUCCCUUGGAAACCUCGCUGUCUCCCUCACCCAGAAUCUUCUCCCUCGCUCGCUCGCCGACGACGACGACGAUCGCCCUCCGUCGGAGCUUCUCCGAUUGCCGGUGAGAGCUCGAUCGCCGAAGGGGUCUCUUUUCCUCCUCCUCGCGCGCGCGCGCGCGCUGUUGUGGUUCGUCCGUUACGGGGUCGCCGUCGUGCUUUCGAGAGAACCAUAGAGAAAGAGGAUAGAAGAAUAAAACAGCAGAGAUAGUCUGGUCGGCACAGAAUUUGACGCUUUUCUGGACAGAAAAAGCAGGGCAAUGGCAGUUAGUUAUUAUCAAAAUCAGGCUGAACAUCUGCUGAAGGAGUACAUGCUUGCAGAUCCUUUCGUUCCUUACACAUCUAUUGUCGGUGGGAUUCUUGCUUGCAAAAUGGUCUAUGACCUCACACAGUUGAUUAGUGCGCUGAAUUUCAAGAGCUAUCCAAGCCUUUCUUACAUAAAGCGCGUUGAGUGGAAUAAUCGGGCCAUAUCAACUGUUCAUGCGAUUUUCAUCACUGUUCUGUCACUAUAUUUGGUAUUCUGGUCAGAUAUGUAUGCUGAUUACCAACUCAAUGACCUCAUUACGUUUCGAAGUUCUUCACUGUCCACCUCCAUAUUAGGGGUUUCUGUUGGAUACUUUCUCACCGACCUUGGGAUGAUAUUCUGGUUUUAUCCGUCGCUAGGUGGCAUGGAGUAUGUAAUUCAUCAUCUCCUAUCAAUAGCAUCAUUGGCAUAUGCUAUGUUAACCAGUGAGGGACAACUCUACACCUUUAUGGUUCUCAUCUCUGAGACAACAACCCCUGGAAUCAAUUUGAGAUGGUACCUUGACACGGUUGGAAUGAAGAAGUCUAAAGCAUAUCUUAUCAACGGUGUUGUCAUAUUCUUAUCUUGGCUGGUCGCCAGAAUUCUCCUAUUUGUCUACAUGUUUUACCAUGUCUACUUGCACUUAGAUCAGGUCAACGAGAUGCAUGCACUUGGGAAAUUCUUGGUGUUUGGUGCACCAUUGGCGCUAACUGUGAUGAACUUAUUGUGGUUCGGAAAGAUCAUCAAGGGAUUGAAGAAGACUAUAGCAAAGAGGCAGUAAAAGGUGGAUAAGGUAUUCUGCAGGUCUAGCCAUUGGAGAGAAAUAGUUGAUCAACUCAUAUCUGGCUUUCCCUCAUGUAAAAAAUUGAGAGGGAAAGAUAAAAGAGUUCAGGACCCCUUAAGGUUAGAUGGAGAAAUUCGGAUAAUGGACUUGCUUGUAACAGCAUCUCCGUUGUCUGAAGUUUAAUCAUUUGGUUGCAUCCUGAGUUCCACUUCUGAAUUGGAUGUAUAUAGUGUAAAGUGCUUAUUUAUUUGGAUUUGAAUGGAGAUGAAGUUGCUCGAGAUCAA